CAGGGACAGGGACAGCGACAGAGGAAGGAAGGGCGACUUCCCACCCCAGCCAUCGCGGAUUUUUUUCACUUCAAACGUUUGGCGGUAACAAAGGCACAGGCCAUGCUGUUGGAUCAACGGCGACUUGACUUUGCCUACGAACAAAUCGUUCAAGAUGCCGCAAAAGCACGCGGUGCUUGCACCGUUCUCGUGUUCGUCGCUCCCAACUGCGAUGCGAUGUGUGCUUGCCGAAUACUCUCCUACAUGCUAAGAGCGGACGCAGUGUCUUACAAGAUCAAGCCAGUCGCUGGGUAUGGGGAUAUUUCGGCUGCGAACGAGGAGCUUAUCAAGGGCAAUGAGGACAUACGGAGUGUCGUGAUGAUCAACUGCGGCGCUAUCUGCAACGUUGUCGACCUGCUGUCGCAGCUCUCGCCGGAGGCCUACGUCUACAUCGUCGACAGCAACCGCCCUGUCCACCUCGCUAACGUCUACCCGAAAAAAGACAGGGUAGUCGUGUUCGUUGAUGAGGAAAACGGUGAUGUUGACAACAUUCCGAGCGACGGAGAGGGGCUGGACGGGAACGAUGAAACCAGUGACGAGUCGGACGCUGACAGUGACCAGGAAGAAGAGCUGGCCAGCAACCGAAGCGACGAGUCAGACGAUGAUGACUCGGACGAUGGAGAGGCGAGACCAGAGGACAAGGAAAAUACGUCGCCAAGCGAUGGGCUAGGCCAAUCGGCUGAGCGCGGGAAGGGUCGCGCGGGCCGAAAGCGUAAGAGGCAAACUGCUGCGAGAGCUCGGCGGCAAGCGCACGAUGCGGAGGUGACACGGCGACAACGCAUUCGCCAGUAUUACAACGGGGCCACCCACGGGUCGGCAUCCGCCGUGCAGCUAUUUGCUAUGGCAAUGCAGCUCAACAAGGACACCAAUGAUCUGCUGUGGCUGGCCAUCGUGGGACUCACCGACCAAUACAUUCAUCAGAGAAUCGACCAAGAAAUCUACCACAUGGUCGUGGCACAACUGCAACAACACGUGGUUGCAAAGAACAGCAAGACCAGCCUGGAGACAAGCUCGGCAGAUGGCAAAACACUAGUGCCGGUAUCGGAGAUGGGAAGGAUAACGUGUGACAUGGAGUUCCGAUUCAUGCUUCAUCGCCACUGGUCACUGUACGAGAGCAUGUACUUUUCCAACUUUGUCGCCUCCAAGCUCAACGUGUGGAAUUCCAAUGGGCGUCAUCGCCUUGAGGAGUUUCUGGCCAAGAUGGGUUUCAGCCUCGAGCAGUGCAAGCAAAAAUACCCGUUCAUGAGCUGUCAGCUUCGGAAGCGUCUCCGGGAUCAGAUCGAGAAGUACGCUGAGGACUACGGCCUGCAAGACGUGUUCUAUGGAUCAUACCAGAGGUAUUGUGGGUUCAAGAACCCACUGAGCGCUGCGGACAUGGUGUACUGCAUUACGGCCCUAGCGGAGCACAAGGACCUGGUAGGGGUUACCACGGAGCAGGGGCCCGGUGACUCGACGGGCGUUGAGGAAGACGAAGAGGGAUGGAUAGACAGCUUCAACACAGCGUACGAUGCUCUUUCCGGAAAGAGCCCCAUGCUUUUGAAGCAGGGUCUUUCGCUGAGCAUGUCUCUCCAGAGAGCUGUGGUUCAGCAAGCAGUAACAAUGAUGGAGAAGAGGAGCUUGACACUGUUCAAGCACUUUCGAUACGCGUUCAUCCGGAGUAGCGAAACGGACGAGCGGCUGUUCACGCAGCCAAUGGCCCUGAGGAAGCUCGCAGCCUUCCUCAUAGACGUGCACCGAGAGAACGGGAGGUGGGCUGGCGACAAGGCCAGACCCCUUGUCAUCAUGGCGGAGCGCGUAUCGACGUACCUGGUGGUCGGUGUCACCUGCCCGAAGAUUGCCGGAACAGUAAUCAAGAACCGAUUCGGGGCGUGCUUCCAGCUUGCUGCUCAACAAAUCCAAGCCCGAGCAAGGCAUGAUGGCUUCGAGGCCAGCGUGAUGGAGAUCAGCAAAGAGGAUGUGCACGACUUCAUACAAGCUUUACAUGAUACCAUGAGUGCGUAG